AUGCCUUGCCAACCGUCGAUCCCGUACCCAAAACGAUCUUCCCGAUCUCCUGGCCCCUCGAACCUCUGCCCCGCUACUCCGCCACCCCUGACCUCGAUCACCGCCUCUGCCCACACUCUUGCGCCCCGUCGCAGAUCGACGAUUCGACAUCAAUCCCCGUCGAAACCUCGUCAGAUCGCCAUUGUCCCACCCUUUCACGCCGCCCCUUGGUGUUCCUCGAAACAGGUCUACGCAAGACCGACCUUGCAAGUCAGGUCCGGCAAGUUUGACACGUCCAGGAUGACGACGGACAUAUUUAGCGAUAUCGGGUAUUGCAUGAGUUGCGAGAAGCCUCUGCGGGAUAGCAAUGCGUCGUAUUGUGACGACGUUUGCAAGGCCAAUGACGGAUACUCGAGGCGUCUUCGGACGGGUAUCGAGGAUUCGCCCUCGAUCAUGGCCUCACUCCCGGCUCUCUUGGCUUCCAACAUCAAGUCGAGCUCUCGACCCCGUGGACAAGACGCUUCGGCCUCGACCCCGUCACAAUCGGAGACCUCGUCGCCAUUGCAAUCGCCUUCACCCUUUGCGCAUCCGGUCUUGGGACUCGAAAACAGCCCGAAAGAGGACGCUUUUACGCUACCUCCCCCGGCUUAUCCUCAUGCGAAUCCGCUUUACCACAAUACGUUUAGCACCUCGUCCAAUCCGGUCAAGAUACCGACAUACAAGACCGCUUCUCCUGGAGCCGACCUGUCUCACAGUCAACGCGAGUCUUACAAGGAACACCUCAACGGAACUCCUACCAAAGGUAUCGAGUCGACCUUGCGGUACGGUCGUCGACCGGGGCAUACCAACAGCGUGACUUCGCCCUUGGCGCUCUUCCCGAUCGGAUCGACCAAACGUCACGACUCGAAUGGAGCGCCGAGGCCCACCAACGUGCUCGGAUCUCCGGCAUUUGCUCCUUUGAGGAAUGUCUCGGACUCGUCUGUCCUCACCACACAGCAGAACGGGGAUAAUCGACAGCGAAAGUCGUUUGCCUAUGGGACGCAUUCGCCCUUGCUCCUCGCCGCCAACGCUUCUCGAGCGCCCUCGUCGGCCGUCGACUUUUCCAAUGCGAGUGCCAACCCGCGCGAUCAGUCGCCCCAGCUCCAGGCUUCGUCUUCCACGGCUGCUCUCAAGUCCGCUCAGAACGGCAAUAAUGAGAGGCAGAGUCGUUCGGGAUCGAGGCCAAGGAUUGUCGUCAGGGAGACCGCUGUCGAUAACCGAAGGAAGUCUUUCCCCGCUCACUUGUUUGCCGGGUUGAGGCCCAAAUUGACGACCUCGGCCACCGUGAUGGACGCUCGGGCACAGCCGGUCAUCUGCUCCGACUCGGAGGAGGACGGUCUCGUUCCUCCCCCCGAGACGGAAAGGGAAAUUUCCCGCCGAGGCCGAAGUCGAGAGCGCAAGAUGAGCGCCGUCGAGAGGGAAGGAUCGCGUUCUCGCUCGUCCCGUGCGCCCUCGUCGCACCUCGGUUUAGACGGCAUGGCUCAACCGAGGACGAGCAGGUCGGGCUCGAGGAUGAGGCGAGAAAGAGACGGCGAGAGGGACAGGAAGCGUAGUCAGGGACGCCGGAAUCGGGACAGGUCGCAUUCCAGCAGCGAUCGAGAGCGUUCCAGUGGCGAUGACCAGUCAUUCCGGAGUCACCACGCCGCGCCUCGUCUGACAACUCGUGAUAGCCAUUACAAUCCCGAGCUCGAUACCAUUGUCGGUUCGUUUCAGAACGAGCAGCAGGCUGGCCAAUCCGUCGAGCGGGGCCGCGGCGCCAAAGCUAGCGAUGUCAACUAUGACGGCUUUCGAGAAGGAUCCCCGCUGGCUACCAUCAAGCCCAAUCGUAAACAGAUCCGCCCAGUCGGCCCGGACUUUUCGCCGACCGCCUCGUCCAAGGUCUUGUCGGACGAGUCGGUCGAUCGUAGAUCUCGCUCUAAGUCGACAUCCGAGUUCAAGCGGACCUACGACGCUCGCGUCGUCGUAUGA